AUGAGCAUCGGAAUCGACUUGGGAACGACAUUUUCCUGCGUCGGUCACUAUGAGAACGGCGUCGUGAAGAUUUUGGAGAACGAGAACGGUACCUUUUUCCAUUUUUUUAUGUAGAACUUCAGCGAUUCUCCAAGCUACCUGACCAUUUUUAGCAGCUUCACGUGAAAAAAAGUGACGAGAGGAAACCGUUUUCACCCUUUGAAAAAUCUUCAUUUUUUUGGGUCAAAGUUGGAAGAAAAAUACUUUUUCAAAUUUCUCUCUUUUCUACAAGUUUUAUUGAACUUUUUUUCGAUUUUUUUAAAAGCUUUCUGAGCGUUUUAAAUAAUUCCUUGAACAUGAAUUAAUAGAAAACACGUGCUUGAAAUUAUGAAAAUCUCCAAUUUUCAUUAAAAAAAUUAACAUUUUUUUGGCUGAAAAUUGGAAAAAAAUUUUAUUGCCAAAAAUUCUGUCUUUUUUUACAAGUUUCGUUGUUUUUUUAAAUAUUCCGGAAUCUUUUUUUGGGAAUCUUUUCUGUUUUGACAGCUUGAGCAAUAUGUCAAAUGGAUUAAAAAUCGAGAAAAAAAUGAGCUAAAAAUUUGAAAAAUUCUGUGAAAAAUAAAGAAUUUUUUUCCGCCGCCGCUAAAGAAGUCACUUGAAAAAAAUUGGCGAUGGGGCGCAUUUUAGAGGCGAAUGUGAAUCUGUUUUUAAUUUUAGUUUCAUAAUCUUUUUCAUUUUUUUGUUUACCUGUCCCUGUUGGAAAUAUUUUCUCGAUUUAUUCUUCAAUUUUAUUUUUACAUAAAUCCCUUUCAUUUUGAAUCCUGAAUUUUUUUAAAUGUUUCUUCUUGAUAUAGAGAAUAAUAAUAAUAAUGUUAUUUAAAUCAAAUAAUGAAUCUCAGUUAUUUCUUCAUUGGUUUUUUUGAACAUUUUCUUUACAAAUUCGUACAAUAACCAAUGGAAAUUCAGUGAAAUUAUUGAUUUUUUUACUUUGUAACGACAUUUUUUUCGGACAAAUAGAUUUCAUGGUUAUUUUCAGCUUUAUUUUUUUACAUUCAUUUUUUUGCAAAAAUCCAAAGAUUCUUCUACUUUUUUUCUUCAUAUAUUGUUUUAUUAGUUAAUUUCAGGAUGUCGAACAACUCCUUCAGUUUUAGCGAUCGACGAAGACGGAGAAUGGCUCAUUGGGCAGCAUGCCAAGGACUUUGUCACCAAUCCGGAUAACUGCGUUUUCGGUUUCAAUAACCUUUACUUUCAAAAAAAGUAAUUUUUCAAAAAUUCUAGACGUCAAACGGAUAAUCGGCCGUCGCUUCAAUGACGUCCUGCUGCAGAAGGACAUGCUUCUCUGGCCUUUUCGAGUCGAUUUUUUUUCCGAUUUCCCCUUAUUUUUGAAGAAUUUAGAUUGAAAAAGACGGGGUUGACCCAGUAUUAGUUCUGAGAAGCGGGUCGAAAACCCACAAAUUUUCGCCGGUCAGUAUUUCGGCUCACAUUUUGCGGAAACUCAAGGAGAAUGCCGAGAGAAAGUUGGGGAUUCCGGUGAAGGUGUGAAGAACUUUGAAAACUCAAAUAUUAUUUUUUCUAUUUCCAGGAAGCCGUGAUCACGGUCCCGGCCUAUUUUAACGCUUCUCAACGGAGAGCCACUCAGGAGGUUUUUCACAUGCAGAAUUUUAAAAAAUAUUAUUAAAAAAAAAAUAGUUCAUCGCUAAAAUGUGAAGCGGGUCCAUUUGGAGAAAUAAAGAAAGAAGAAAAAAUUUUUUUAAAAAUUUCACAAUUUUCAUUGAUGAAAAGGUUGUCCGCGCGUCAGAUAUGACGUUUCUUGUGCAUGCACGCCGGACGAAAUUUUACAUACUUUCGAAAUUUUUCAACUUUUUUGAGGAACAAAAAAUGAAUCACAGCGUUUCCAGAGCUUCGUCUCGCCCGCAAAAAGUCGUCAGAUAUGAUGUUUCUUAUGCACACACCAAGACGAAGAUUAACAUACUACCGAAAUUUUUCAAACUUUUUUGAUGAACGAAAAUUAAUCACGGGGUUUCCAGAGUUUCGUCCUGCUCACAAAAAAAGUCGUCAAGUAUGAUGCUUCUUGUGCAUGCACCAAGACGAAUUUCAACAUACUUCCAAAAUUUCUUUGAACUUUUUGAAGAACAGAAAAUGAAUCACGGCGUUUCCAGAAUAUUCGUCAAGUCCAGAAAAAGUCGUUAAAUGAGAUGUUUCUUGUGCAUGCUCCUAGACAAAAUUUAACAUACUUGCGAAAUUUUUUUAAACUUUUUUUAUGAACAUAACAUGAAUUUUUAGAAACUGAAACUGAAAAAGUGGAAAAAAACUGUGUAUUGCUCCUUUAUAUUCAUUUAUCGAAAGGGAAAAAUUCUCAGAAAUCCAAAUUUUUUUCAACUUUUUAACCAACAAAAAAAUAAAAAAAUAUUGCUUCUAACAGAAAUGAUAAGAAAGAAAAAAGAAUUAAUUUUUUUGGGAUUUCGAGGUCAUUUUUUUGGGACUUCGAGGUCAAACGCAACCAUAAAAAAAUUAAAAAAUAUUUUUUUAAUUUUUUUGUACUUUUUAUUCGUUCUACUACAUUAUUUCAAAACCAUAAAUAGUUAAAACGAUUGAAAAUUUAUCAAAAAAAGAGAAAAAUUAACCCAACUCUUCCGGAAAAACUUGACUAUAAUUCGGACUUGGUAAUGCGAACCGGACGGGUUCGAGCGUUUCUAGUGACCACUUUAGUAGGGUCAGCACUCUUAAGUGAUCCCUAGAAUCGCCCGGAAGCACGUCCGAGCACACAAAAUAAGGAAAUUCCAGGCGGGAUCCCUGGCCGGACUCAACGUCCUCCGCAUUUUGAACGAACCGACGGCGGCGGCGAUCGCCUACAGUCUCCACGGCGGUCAGAGGCUUUCCAAGAGAAAUAUCCUCAUUUAUGACCUUGGGGGCGGGACUUUCGAUGUGGCUGUCGUCAGCAUCGAUGGGCCGAGAAUCACGGUUUGUUUUGGUGCUUUUCAGGGAAAAAAAUUCUCAAUAUAUCAAAAAGGUAAUUAACUAGCAAUCGCGCUCCAUUGAAGAAAAAAUUUGUGAUCCUUGUUAAUAAGCUAGAGACACUUGCGAGACAAAUGAAAAAGGGCUUACAUCGCUUAAGUGAUCACUAAGGAGCUUAAAGUUGUCUUCAAAAAAACCCCCGAAAUAGGAGAUACAUUAAGUUUUCUGAAAAAAAUUCGAGCCAACCACUUUUUCGAGCUGAUUUGUCUCCAGAGCGCGAACCUUUCGGAACUUGUGAAAAAUAUUAUUUGGAAUUUUUUUACUAAACAAUUUCUGAGGGGUCCCUAUAGGGGUUUGUUGUUUCAGGGCCUCUGUAGGGACCCCUUAAGAGAUUCUCAGUACCCUCAAAAUUAUGCAAUUUUUUAAUUUUCCAACAAUUUCGGGUCUUUUUUUCUGCUUUAAUUGAUACUUGCUCGAAUUAUUUUUUUUCUCGUUCUCGUAUCAGAAUAUUCAAGGUGAAAGCCAAGGGAGGGGACACUCAUUUGGGCGGCGAAGACAUCGACAAUCGCCUGAUCCGGGCGUUGGCCGACCGAUUCCAAGCCGAACAUGGAAUCGACCUGAUGAAGUCGUUCCGCGCCAUGAAACGACUCCGGAAAGCCGCCGAAAACGCCAAAAUCACCCUUUCUUCGAGCAAUAAUGCGAGGAUUGAGGUUGAGACGCUUUUAUCAUAUUUUGUCCGAAACUGCUUGAAAAUUCUGAUUUCAAUCAUUUUUUGCAAGCAUUUUUCGAUUUUUCAGCUUUAAAGGCGUAUUUUUUGGCUCUGAUCCCGUGUCCAAAGUGAUUUCCGCGAAAUUCAAAAUUGUCUCUGACUCUCCAAAAAUCCAGUUAUCUUUUCCAGUCUCUGACUCCUGUUCUAAAUUUCGCAAAAAUUUUUUUUUCUCGCCUCAUCACUUGGAAUUGUACAAAAUUAGUGUCUUUGAAAAAAAUGAAUUUUUCGCGUCAAAACGCGAUUUUACUGAAUUUCAGCUGAUUUUAACUUGAAUAACCUCCCAAUUUUUUUUGAAAAAUCCAGAAAUUCGGGACAAAAUAAAUAUUUUUUUAUAUGCUGAAAUGGUCGCGAAAUCAGUAAUUUUUGAAGUUAAAGUUUUAAAUUUUAUUAUAAUAUUUUGAGUUUUCAGCUUUUUUUAUAGCUUUGAAGCUUAGAUAUACAGAAAGACGAUAGAAAAUGAGGAAAAAUAUAGACUUUUUUUGGGAGGCCGAAGUGGUCCCUAUGUCCUAUAAAGACCAAAAAAAUUUUUUUUAGUCGAAAAAAAUGUUAAUUUUUUUGAUGAAUUUUCGAGAUUUCAAAAGGAAAAAAAUCGAAUAUUUAUCAUUUAUUUUCAAUGAUAUUGCUGAAAAAAACCUUGACCAGAAAAAAAUUUUUUUGUCGGAAAAAAAUGUUAAUUUUCGAUGCAUUUUUUUGGUGGUAUCAAAAAAAUACCAGCGAAAAAUUCAAACGGCGACUUUUUCCGAUUUUUUUCGUAUCGCUAGGGAACUUUUCGACGGAUCCCUUUCCGACUUUUUUUUCCCUUAUGUUUUUUUCGGUUUAUAAAACAUAUAUAGUCGAUGUGCCACGACUUGAAAUUUCAUGGAACGACACUCCGUUGGGUGGCCGUGGCCGUGAAAGCGCCUUGCCUUUGCGAAUUUCGGUCGCGCUUUCCAUUUUUUUUUUCUUUUAUUUGAAAUUUUCAUCAUUUUAAUUAUGUUUUAAUAGUUUUCUUUGUGCCAAAUUCAUAAUUAUCUUUUCUAGUGGAUAGACUGUUUCAUUGAUAAAAAUAAAGUAGAGUAAUUUUCGAAUUUUAAGAGAAAAUGCGUUUAUAAUGUUUGAAAGUUUUCAUGAGAUGGUCUUUGGUUUUUGUUCAAUAUAUUCCGUUAUUUAACCUUCAUUGAGCCUUUAUCGACAUUUGUUUUUUUCAUUUCAAAUAAUGUAAAAAAAUAUCCCAAUCAGAAAUAAAAAUACACAGUGAAUGAUUUUUAAAAAAAUUGAAUGUUUCUACAUCGACGAAUUUUAUUUAAAAACAGAUACAUAAGUUUAAAGAAAAAAAUUAUUAGUUUGCUGGAAAUUUCGUUCAGCACAUCGUUUCCACUGUUCCAAUUGCUCCCUGUUCACGCCCCAUUUCUGACGCAAAGUUCAGCAAUACGAUUUAUCUAAAGCUCCAUUUAAAAAAAAGGAACGAAAACCUUUCUUCAAAUUAUGGUGCAUGUGCUCAUGGAAGUAAACGUCUUCAUUUUAUAAGACACUCAAUUUCUGAAAAAAACCAUUAACGACUGCAAACAGAAAAAAAAAACGAUGAAAACAUUAAAACAUGGCCAUGAAAAAAAACACGGAAACUUUUGUAGAAUAUUGUGGUGUUUACGGCCUAUUUCACCCGCAAAUCUUUUUGGUAAACCUUUGAAACCUUUUUUGAGAAACGAGAAAAACAAUAUUAAAGCGAUUGACGAAUACAUGAAGUUUUUCAAACUUGUUUUUAAUCGCUUUUUUCGAGAAAGAUCAUGAAAUUUACUGUGUUCUUUUGUUUACAUUUGUACAACGCAAUCCUUUUCAACGAUAAUAAUACAUUUUGAAGACAAUUAAAAAACGAUCGAAAUUAGAAUGAAAACCAAAAAAAAAAUUAGCGUGGCCGGGGUUGGCAAACUCGCAAAAUGCGCGCUACCGCACAAAUCAAAACAGCGGAGUGUUGUUCCAUGAAAUUUCAACUUGUGGCACAUCGACUAUAUGAACAUUUUUUUUUUCUUAUUUCUUUGUGUUUUAAUCAUGAACCAACUACCUACUUCAUAUAGGAAGAUUUAAAAUAAAGAUUUUAUCGAGAAAAAAAGUCGGAAAAAGAUUCGGCAGAAAGGUGGCCGUCGGAAAGUUCCUUAGCGAUAUGAAAAAAAUCGGAAAAGUCGCCGUUUGAACUUUCGCUGGUCUUUUUUUCAUACCACCGCAUUUUUGAAUUUUUAAAUGGAAAUAAGAAAUAUUUUUCACUUAUCUUCAAAAAAAUAUACAGUACCGCUCAAAAGUCUAUUAACUUUUGGUUUUUUUGGGGAUAUCUCAGCGAGUACUUAUCCGAUUUAUAUGUAACUUUCAGGGAUAAUGUAAAAAUAUACUUUUAAACAUAUACGGUAUACAAAGACAUGUCCGCAAUGACUGUGACGCGUUUUAGGCAUUUUUUUAUUGAAUUCCAUUUUUGUUUUUAUGCUUUUUAUUUUUUUAUUUAUUUUUUUAUUAAAUUUUUUUAAAAAUUAAUAAUGUUGCCAUAUGAUUUUUUUCAUGUUUUCAGACAUGGGAAGAACCUUUGGAAAUAAGAAUUUGACUGAUAACGACAAAAGAGCCAUCGUUGUGGGUCGUCAAAAUGGACUGACCAUGAUGACGUUGGCAGGAAUGUUCGGCGUGACAAAGGCGGGCAUUUCUCAGUUCCUAAAGCGUCAGAAAGCUCAAGAUGGCUCUACUAACAGCCAACGCACUGGAAGACCACGUGUCACUGAUCGUAAUGACGAUAGGAACAUUUUUGAAGACGUCUAGAACCAAUCAAGACUCACCGCCCCUGCGAUCAGACGGGAAGUUUUUCUUGAAUUCGCCAUCUCCGCCAUCCGUCUCGACCGUGAAACGACGUCUGAAUGCUGCUGGAAUCAUGGGAAGACGUCCAGUGAAGAAACCGCUGAUUUCUGAAAAGAAUCGAGCCGCCAGGGUGAAGUGGGCGAAGGAGCAUCUCAACUGGACCCGUCAAGACUGGAACAAGAUUCUGUCGUCCGACGAAAUCAAGUUCCUCCUCUUCGGAAGUGACGGAAUUCAAUGA